AAAUUUAUCCUGAUGAUGCUAAUAUUAAGAAAAGCUUUUCUGUACGCACAGGUGGUUAUUAUCUCAGGUGAAACUGGCUGUGGGAAGACCACACAGAUUCCCCAAUUUAUUUUAGAGUCUGAAAUUGAGUCUGCUCACGGAGCCAUGUGCAGUAUCAUAUGUACUCAGCCAAGAAGAAUAUCUGCUAUGACUGUAUCUGAAAGAAUUGCUGCAGAGAGAGGGGAGUUGUUGGGUGAAACAGUUGGAUAUAAAGUGAGGCUAGAAGGUGUUAAAGGGAGGGAUACUCACCUCCUCUUCUGUACCACUGGUAUCUUGUUGAGAAGACUACUAAUUGACAGAAAUCUGAAGGGCAUCACACAUGUAAUCGUGGACGAGAUUCAUGAACGUGGAAUAAAUGAAGACUUUCUGCUAAUAGUUCUAAAGGAUUUACUCCCUCGCCGGCCAGAGUUAAGGUUGAUUUUGAUGAGUGCCACCUUAGAUGCAAAGCUUUUCUCUUCAUACUUUGGUGGGGCUCCGCUGGUCCACAUUCCGGGAUUUACAUAUCCCGUUCGCACUCAUUUCCUCGAAAAUAUUCUGGAGAUGUCGGGAUACAGAUUGACGCCAGACAAUCAGAUUGAUGAUUAUGGUCAGGAGAGAACGUGGAAAAUGAACAAGCAAGCUCCAAGAAAAAGGAAGAGCCAGAUUGCUUCUGCUGUUGAGGAUGCCCUCAGAGCUGCUGAUUUCAAAGAAUUUAGCCCUGUGACACAGGAGUCUUUGUCUUGUUGGAAUCCUGAUUGUAUAGGCUUCAAUCUUAUAGAACAUAUUCUAUGCCAUAUUUGUGAAAAUGAAAGGCCUGGUGCUGUUUUAGUUUUUAUGACUGGUUGGGAUGAUAUAAAUUCUCUGAAGGAUAAGCUACAAUGUCAUCCUAUCUUGGGAAAUACCAGCCGUGUUCUAUUGCUGGCAUGCCAUGGUUCUAUGGCUAGUACGGAGCAGAGGUUAAUUUUUGACAAGCCUGAAGAUGGAGUGAGGAAGAUAGUGUUGGCUACAAAUAUUGCUGAAACCAGUAUCACAAUUGAUGACGUAGUUUAUGUUAUUGACUGUGGCAAGGCAAAAGAGACGUCAUAUGAUGCACUUAAUAAUACUCCUUGUUUGCUUCCUACUUGGAUUUCAAAGGUUUCAGCUCGACAAAGAAGGGGAAGAGCCGGACGUGUUCAUCCUGGAGAAUGCUAUCAUCUUUAUCCCAGAUGUGUGUAUGAUGCUUUUGCUGAUUAUCAAUUACCAGAAAUUCUGAGGACCCCUUUGCAAUCCCUUUGUUUGCAAAUUAAAAGUUUAAAACUCGGUAGCAUCUCUGAGUUCCUUUCAAGGGCUUUGCAAUCCCCUGAGUUAUUAGCGGUUCAAAAAGCUAUUGAGUAUCUGAAAAUUAUUGGGGCUUUAGAUGAGAGUGAAAAUUUGACUGUUCUAGGACGUUACUUAACGAUGCUUCCAAUGGAGCCUAAACUCGGAAAAAUGCUUAUACUUGGUGCAACUUUGAAUUGUUUGGAGCCGAUAUUAACUAUCGUUGCUGGUCUUAGUGUCCGAGAUCCCUUCUUGACACCGCUUGACAAGAAAGAUCUUGCGGACGCUGCUAAGGCUCAUUUUUCACGCGAUUAUAGUGACCAUCUUGCUCUUGUUCGAGCAUAUGAGGGCUGGAAGGAUUCUGAAAGAGACCUAGCUGGAUAUGAGUACUGCUGGAAGAAUUUUCUGUCUGCACAGUCUAUGAAAGCUAUUGAUUCUCUUCGCAGGGAGUUUUACUCUUUGCUGAAGGAUACUGGUCUUGUUGACAGCAAUAAUACUAUCUAUAAUUCUUGGAGUUACGAUGAGCACCUCCUUCGAGCAAUUAUCUGCUAUGGGUUGUAUCCUGGAAUCUGUUCUGUCCUGCAUAAUGAGAAGUCAUUUUCGUUGAAAACAAUGGAAGAUGGUCAGGUGCUUUUACACUCGAACUCCAUUAAUGCCCGGGACUCCAGGAUACCAUAUCCCUGGCUGAUCUUCAAUGAAAAGAUCAAAGUGAACUCUGUCUUUCUCCGGGAUUCCACAGCUAUCUCCGACUCAGUGCUGCUUCUAUUUGGAGGAACCAUCUCAAAAGGAGAAGUGGACGGUCACUUGAAAAUGUUAGGUGGAUACUUAGACUUCUAUAUGAGCCCUACUAUAGCAGAAAUGUAUAGAAGUCUAAGAAGAGAGCUUGAUGAGUUAAUUCAUACUAAACUCCUGAAUCCCAGGAUGGAUGUACAUAGUUAUCAUGAACUUCUGUCAGCAAUACGGUUGCUUAUCUCAGAGGAUCAAUGCGGUGGCAGAUUUGUUUUUAGUCGUCAGGUUUUACUAACUUCCAAGCCAUGUGCUGCAGCAGCACCACCAGCUCCGAUGUCAAGGACUGAAAGUGGUCCAGGAGGUGAAAAUUCUAAGUCUCAGCUACAGACGUUGCUGAAUCGAGCAGGGUAUGCAACACCAACCUACAAGACAAGGCAACUUAAUAACAAUCAGUUUCAAGCAACUGUAGAGUUCAAUGGGAUGCAGAUAAUGGGACAGCCUUGCAACAACAAAAAACAAGCUGAAAAAGAUGCAGCAGCUGAGGCUCUGCAAUGGUUGUUGGAAGGGCACCGUGCAGAUCCUGAUUACAUUGAGCGGAUGUCUCUGUUUCUGAAAAAGAGCAAGACAGAGCAUAGAUGAGUUAGGAUUAAAGCAGACAUCACAAACUGGCAUUAGCGUGAUGCUUGGGACAGCCUCAUGUCCUUGGUUUUGCUCGGGAUGAGUUCAGAGGAGCAUCCUAUGUUGGCAGCUUUACAAAUAUACACGAACAUGAUAUGCAACCCAUGAGCAAUCAUAAAGUAUGCCUACUAAUGUCAGACUGAUUUUCAAGUCUCAGUGAAAAUGCGCGGUGGGCUCAGCAGCAUAGACUGCCUCUGAAAUCUGGAAAUAAAACUAGAUCCGAGGGGGAGGGGAACAAUUUUGGAUCUCUUGGCUUCUUUUGACUUUGUCCUAACUAUGCCUUUUCAGCUGCUCACCCUGGUCAUCGAGGGAAUGCACCUGAAAUUACAACAUCUUAGCAAUGAGGAAAUGAUAUAUUUGCGAAGCAAAUCAAUGCUCUGGCAUUGUUAAACGCAAUGAUCAAGUUUAUCUUUAUCCUUUGUAUAUAUUAAAGGUUUAUGAAAUCAUUCCAUUUUGCUAUUAAUGGCUGCUCUUAGAAUUUUGGAAGGUCAGCUAUCUGGAUGUUUCUUUUCAUAUGCUUUUCCUUAAAGGGUCCGGUGCCUGUUGGUUACAUCUCGAGGCUAUUUGACUGCUCACUGAUGAAUAUACGCUGAGGCGAAUCAAGAAUCUUAAGCAAUAUCCGUGGAGUAUCACUACAUCUAUAAUUCCUUUGCAGAUAUAGCUGUCAGUAUAACAUAAGUAUGUACGUUUUUUAUAAUUGUUUUAAUAUACGUGUGUUUGCGUACAAUCUUCAAGCUGAAGCCAACGAGUUUGGAGCAUCCAGUUUAGUCCUUUAUGCCAGUGCUGCUGAAUUCCAUGUUGUGCGGACUUUCCAAAACAACUGUCGCAUCCGUGUCGGAUCUUUCAAAAAUGCACUACCGUUGGAGGAUCCGAUAUGCCCCCACCGACAUUUUCGGAGAAUCCGAGCAACAUAGCUACUGAUAGGCUGCUUUUGAAUAUCAUGAAGUGCUCAAAAUGCUAGCACCAGCAUGAACCUGCAAGUGCAAGUGGUUGUUGCAUGUACAAGUUAUUAUGAUUUGUAAUUCCUACCUUUUCAGCAUUUUCAAAGGGUGUCAGGUUCAUUCUACUAGGUAACGCUAACAACUCGUAUAAUUUUAUGGCUAGAAGUAGACUCUUCGAAUUUUCUCUCCUCUAAACUUUUCAAGGAAAUCGAAAUUGACAACUUAUAAUCAAUC